UUCGUUCUUUGCAACUGAGAUAGAAAACUAUCAUGAAUCGUGGUUUUUCCACAAUUGGUACUMAGGCAAGAUGGUCAUUCGUGGAGAAUACAGAAAAGCAAGAAGAUGGAAUCAAAGUUACACGACGGUCACAUUUUGAUACGUUUUCUUACUUUCGUGGCAGCAAGUCRCACAAAAAUGGUGACUUUUGGAACCUAUUAUAUGCUCCUUAUUCACAGGAUGAUGAUACGGUAGCCUUGGUGCAAAAGGUGGACCCAGAGAGUGGAACCCAAACACCGAUAAAUACACUUCCACCGCAGUGGACUGACUCUGUUGAAGAGAUUCAAUAUGAUAUUACAAGAAUUAAACAGCGAAUGACAGAUUUAUCAACACUUCAUGACAGACAUUUAAAUAGACCUACCCUAGAUGACAGUGUAGAUGAGGAACAAACCAUUGAAAUAACAACCAAAGAAAUCACUCAGAUGUUUCAUCAAUGUCAAAAUGCUAUUCAGCGUAUGAGCAAGCAAAGUCGUGGAGCAAGUAAGCAAGAACAGCGUAUCCUCAAGAAUGUAACAUCAUCUUUAGCAGUCAGCCUACAAGACUUAUCUACAAAUUUUAGGAAAAGCCAGUCUUCAUACUUAAAACGAUUAAAAAAUAGAGAAGAGAGGGAGAGGCAGUUUUUUGACACUGGUUUGCCUUCUACAAGCAGUGCAUUGAUGAAUGAAGAUGUUGUAGAAGAUGAUGACUUAUAUGAUAGGGGAUUCACUAGUGACCAGAUGCGAUUAGUAGAAGAUAACUCAGCUAUAAUUGAGCUGAGAGAAAAGGAAAUCCAGUCAAUUGUACAAUCCAUAUCAGAAUUAAAUGAGAUAUUUAGAGAUUUAGCAACAAUGAUAGUAGAACAGGGUACCAUUUUGGAUAGAAUAGAUUAUAAUGUUGAGCAAGCAUCUGUAAAAGUUGAGCAAGGUUUGGAACAGCUYAAAAAGGCAGAACAACAUCAGAAAAGCUCAAGGAAGAUGCUAUGUAUUAUAUUUUUAUCAGUAGUUGUCAUCAUCAUGUUGGUGGCUUUAGUAAUAACAAAAUCAAAGUAAAAAGUUAUCCAGAGCAAUUUAUCAUUUUAAUUCAGGCUUCUACAUGGAGGGUACAUCAUGUAAUAUUAUUGAAGCACAUAAAGUUUAGUACAUGUGCACUCUAAAUCCUUCAAACAAAUAUUAUUAAUUAAUGCUAAAUAGUGUUAACUAGGCAAUAGAAAAUAAAGGGGUCAUCAUGAUUUAUCUCCUGUUUUUUACUUUAAUCUUUUUUCUCAAAGUGUGUUCGCUCAUAUUAUUUUAGCUACAAACAAGUGAUAGCACAGAAKUUAGAUAGUUAGUAACUAAUAGGCAUCUAACUGAUAAGUUGUAAGCAAGAUGGUAAGUGUCUUGUUUCAAAUUCUUCUCCAUAUAUGAAUAAUACCAGUUUGCUUGUAACUUAAUAUCCUUAUGUGCAAACUUAAUGGUASUUUGAUGAGUAUUUGACAUUCAGAGCAUAAACAUUUUGUACAUGCAAUUCUGUCAUAAAUAAUUAACUYUACUUUCCAUGUAGUUUGUGAAGUGGUAUUUGAUAUAAAGUCAGAGGUUUGAAUCCUUCAAAUUUAGAUUUGAAAGGUUUUGUAUACAUUUAUGCAUGCAAUUCUUUAUGCAGUUUUUAAAAUUGUCUGUAGUAGCACUAUACGCAGUAAAAACAUGUAAAAUCA